AUGGAACUUAGCAGAUACGAAAAACGUAUAAGACGACGUGCAGUUGAUGUAGAUGGAAUUGUUCACCAAUGGUACUUACGAUGUAAGGAAAGAAACGAACAAAUGACAAUAGCAGACAUAAAGAGAAGAGCUCUAGAAAUUAAUAUGAAGUUAAUGGGAUCUCCUAGUUUUAGAGCCGGCCGCACUUGGCUCCUGGGCUUUAAAGAACGAUACAGUAUUACUAAUGCGGAUGUCAAGGAAACUGUUCCAGCCAAAACUGAAACCGCUGCAGCGCGAGUCUUUAAAGCUGAUUUUAUCAGAUUUCUGCUUGAACGUCAGAUCACAUUGCGGAACGUUUACAAUGUCGUUUACACAACAAUAAUGUGGAAAAUAGUACCAGAAAGAACUUGUAUUAUGGACCAUGCGAAAUCGACAGAAAACCUGGAAAUGUGCGAAGAUUACGUUACUGCAGUUUUUUGUGCAAAUGCUACCGGAUGUCGCAAGUUGCCGGUACUGCUAAUCGGUACCGAACCGGUUGUUCAUGCUUUAUACAAUUACGAUACAGAAGCCUUCUCAACUAUCUACAAAUCAAAAGAAAAUGCUUGCAUGGACAGUACCAUUUUCAAAGACUGGUACGAAAAUCUUUUCUUAGAAUCAGUCAAAGAAAGACAACGGGAGAACGCUCCCACGGAGCAAUAUUUGUUGUUACUCGAUAAUGCUAUGUCACUUCACAAUCUUAAUGAUCUUCACGAUUUAGAUCGUUCCGUUACAAUUAUGUCUCUUCCAGUUAAAGUAUCACCACUCCGUCAACCAAUGAAUUGUGGUAUAAUAUCAUGUUUCACGCGAAAAUACCGAAUAGAAUUACUGAAAACAAUGAUGUUAAGAAUUGUUGGCGAUACGGUGCAGGAUAUGAUGGACGUCCAUAAAGAAAUAUCCAUGUGGGAUUGCUGCCAGUUUGCACAUAAUGCUUGGUCAAGUGUCGACGAUGCAAUACUGAGAAGCUCGUGGGACAGCUUGUUGGUGCUUGGAAACGUGCGGAAUAUAGGAGUCACAGAAAAAUGGGAAGCCGACCUGCAAGAAGUACUUAAAAUUACGAAAGAAUUACCUGGAUGCGAAAAGUGCGUAGAAAUUGAUGUGUAUAACUGGUUUUAUAUUGAGAAGCAAUAUGAUAUAGUCAAGAAGAAAUGUGCCGAUGAAGUUAUUCAGAAAUAUAAAGACAAUCCAGUGAACAUAGAUAAUAUCGACGAUGAAGCUGGACCUUCUCGUGCGAAGCUCUCAAAAAGGAGCUAA